AUGGGGCUCUUAUCACAACCCUUUGUGCCAAAAUGCUCACUCUUCUUAAUUCUCUCUCUUUUUCUUACUCGGUGUGUUUCUUCUGUGAAGCAACCCUGUUUGUACUCUGAACGCUCUGCUUUGUUGCAGCUGAAAGAAAGCUUCAUUCUCAAAAAGUCUGCUUCUGGUCAUCCCAAGUUUGGUUCCUGGAAAGGUGAAGGAGAAGAUGGAGGGGAUUGCUGCUCCUGGGAUGGCGUUGAGUGUGACGACAGCACCGGUCACGUUACUGGACUUGAUCUCGGCAGCAGCUUCCUUCAUGGUUCCAUCCACUCCAACAACAGCCUCUUCCAACUCCAUCAUCUUAGAAAGCUCGACCUUUCGGACAAUGACUUCAAUGGCUCUAAAAUCCCUCUUGCAAUCGGGCGGCUUUCAAGGCUAUCUCAUCUGGACCUCUCUUUUUCUGAAUUUUCAGGUCAAAUUCCAUACGAGGUUCUAGAGCUUUCAAAGCUGGUCAUACUUGAUCUUUCCGGAAAUGAUCUAGAGCUCCGGAAACCAAGCUUGAAAAGUUUAGCCGAGAGGUUAAUCAACCUCAAGCAUCUUAAUCUUGACGGGGUAAAGGCAUCAUCAACCAUCCCACAAAGUUUGGCAAAUUUAUCAUCUUUGACAUAUCUCUCUCUCGAGUAUUGUGAACUGCAUGGUGAGUUCCCUGUUGAUGUUUUUCAACUGCCCAAUCUUCAAUAUCUUAGUGCAUGCGACAAUACGUUUCUUACGGGACGUUUACCAGAAUUUGCCAAAAAUACUUCUCUUGAGGGAUUGGGAGUUGCCCGUACAAGUUUCUCGGGUGAGCUACCAAAAUCAAUUGGGAAUCUCAAGUCAUUACGGGGAUUACAGCUUAGAGACUGCAACUUCUCUGGACCAAUCCCCACUUCCAUCGCUAACCUUACGCAGCUCACUUUCCUGGCACUAGGUCAAAAUGAGUUUAGCCCUACCACUUUGUCUUGGCUUGGGAAGCUAUCAAAACUAACCGCACUGGAAUUAGAUUCUACAAACUCAAAAGGUGAUGUCCUAUCUUCUCUAAAAAAUCUUACCAUGCUCAAUGAGUUGUUGGUUUCCCAAAAUCAGUUUUCAAGCAGAAUCCCGUCCUGGUUAGGAAAUCUUACUCGACUAGUCUAUAUAGACCUUGGUGUUAACGAACUUUGGGGUCCCCUUCCAACAUCAAUCUUUACUCUAGUGAAUCUCGAAGUUCUAGAUUUAGAGAUAAAUCAUAUAAGCGGUUCCUACAAUUUAGAAUCCUUUCUAAAUUUGAAAAAUGUCCGCCAUCUUCAAUUGGCUUCGAAUAAUUUUUCAUUGCUCACCUCAACCGUUACGAAUGUUAGUGUUCCGAAGUUAACAUAUCUAACAUUGGAUUCCUGCAACUUAUUAGAGUUUCCAAAUUUUCUUUCGAGUCAACAUGAACUGCAGUUCCUGUCUCUUGCUGAUAAUAAAAUCCAUGGGUUAAUCCCCAAAUGGUUAUGGGGCUUAUCUGCUGAAACUCUUGAAGUCUUAGAUUUAAGAGGAAACUUCCUUACAGGUUUUCACCAACCAAUUGUUGUUCCUCCAUGGACCAAUAUAAGAGAGUUGGAUCUUAGCUCUAACAAGCUACAGGGAUCCCUUCCUGUUCCACCCGCUUCCAUUGCCCAUUACUAUGCCUCAAACAACUUGUUGAAGGGGGAAAUCUCAUCGAUGAUAUGCAAUCUGCCUUCUAUAACUCUACUUGACAUAUCAAAUAUAGCUUGUGGCAUGCUUCCACCAUGUUUGGGCAAUCUAAGCAAUCACUUUCAGUACUAA